AAAGGCGUCAGCAGGCUGGUUCUUUGGCAGCAGGGAGACAAUACCUGCGGGGGUUGAAGGGGGCAGGUGGGUUGGUGUUCUUGGGCGGAAGGGGGCUGGGAAGGGGGAGAGGUAGGGGGCUGAACCUCCAGGCGCCUCUCUGGGUGUCAGGCUUGGGCAGAACCCAACUGGGGCCCCAGCUGGGUCUCCCUUGCGACAACCACAGCAGCCAUGUGGGUCCCCGGACUCCUGGGUCCCUGGGUUUUGGUCCUGUCCCUGUCCGCAGGGGGCUGCCAGGCUCUUUCCUUCCAGCUUCCGCCGCAGACCCGCAAAUGCCUGAAAGAGGAGCUGCACCGGGACGUCAUGGUCACCGGGGAAUACGAGGUCUCCGAAGCCGCCGCGCCAGGAAUCCGGACAGACUUACGGGUCACGGACUCCUCCGGACACCUCUUGUAUUCCAAGGAUGAGGCCAAGAAAGGGAAAUUUGCCUUUACCACCGAUGAUUACGAAAUCUAUGAAAUUUGCUUUGAAAGCCAUGGACAGCCAGGGAAUUUCCGGGUCCCCGACCAACUGGUCACCCUCAAUAUCAAACACGGGGUGGAGGCACGGAAUUAUGAAGACAUCGCGAAGGCGGAGAAGCUCAAGCCCUUGGAGGUGGACCUGAGGCGUCUGGAAGACCUUUCUGAAUUCAUCGUCAAGGACUUUGCCUUCAUGAAGCAACGUGAGGAAGAAAUGCGUGACACCAAUGAAUCCACCAGCGUUCGUGUCUUCUACUUCAGCAUCUUCUCCAUGUUUUGCCUCGUCGGCCUGGCUACUUGGCAGGUCUUCUACCUCAGGCGGUUUUUCAAGGCCAAGAAACUCAUUGAGUGAUUGGUUAAGGAUGGGUGGGGGGAGGCAAUAAGUGAAUCCCAUUCUUCCUGGGCUCCCUGCCUCACCCCUUCUCUAGCAACUUGCUCUGAUCCUGAGCUGCCUGGAUUCUUUUUUUUCUGGCUUUUUCCUUGGCCAGGAGUCUUGGUGGAACAUGAAAACUGGACAGGAUCUCUCGGCCAGCUGGAAAUCAGAAACCCAUUGGUAUUGGAGGCUGGAUUUCAAAACCACUGGCUCACUUUUUGUGUGUGUGUGGGGGGAAGGAAACCCUGGUGCUUUCCCUGGGUGCUGGUGGAAAUUAGAUGGUGGUUAACUGCAGUUAAUUUAAAUCCCAAAUGCUGAGCACACUGGAGAAUGUUUGAAAGUAAUAAAUGUUGGAUAAUA